AAACGAAGAGAAAUGGAGAGGAAGGAGGACACGAUAGUUUGCAACAUCUUGAACAAGCUUCGUUUAGAGGAGGAGCUGUGUGACGUUCUUCUGAAAAUCGGAAGUGCUGAGUUCCACGCACACAAGAUCAUUCUGUGUGGCUGCAGCCCGUACUUCAUGGCUCUCUUCACCCAUGGCUUAUAUCCUUCAGGCAGAUUUGAGUACACCAUCCCUGGUAUUUCCUCAAGGAUAAUGGAGUUGAUCAUGGAGUAUGCAUACCUACAGAGAGUUACAAUAACGGAAAAAGAUGUGAGUGAGCUGCUUAUCGCUGCUGAUUAUCUGGCGAUGGACAAACUGGUGAACGAGUGCUCGAUGUUCCUGAAGGCUCGGCUGUGCCAGAAGAACUGUAUAGGUAUUUGGCGCUUUGCAAGCUUUUAUUUCUGCAGGAAGCUGGAGCAGCAGGCCUUAAAGUUCAUCCUGGACAACUUCGAGAAGGUACUAAGUGUCUCUGAGGAGCUCCUGGACCUCAAAGUUGAGGAGCUCUGUGAGAUUAUUGUGAAAGAUGAGCUGAAUGUGAAACAUGAGAAGCUUGUGUUUGAGACUGUUAUUCUGUGGAUUGAACAUGCGCCUCUGGAGCGAAAAAAACAUGUUGCACUCUUACUGGCCAAGGUGCGUUUGGGGCUACUGACGUAUGACUACUUUGUGGAUAACGUAGGGAACAACGUUUUUGUGGCACACGACACAGCAUGUAGACCGAUCAUCUACAGUGUUCUGCUAAACAUCAGUGGUCUCAACCCAGACGAAUUUCUCAACUCUGUUCUUGCUCGGCCCCGCAUUCCCAGCGCUGUUUUGCUGGCCAUCGGCGGCUGGAGCCAUGAAGGUCCCACCAACACCAUAGAGGUGUACGACCCACGAGCAAAGUGCUGGUUUCAUUUGACGUGCCGUGGUGAGAGUCCACGAGGCUAUUAUGGGACUGUUUACCUCCACGGCUUCCUGUACUGCAUUGGAGGAUGCGAUGGCUUGGAUAACUUCAACAGCGUGUGUAGGUUCGACCCCAUCACCAGAACCUGGGCUGGGGUAAGCCCCAUGCACUCUCGCCGGGGUUAUGUGAGUGUUUGUGUCCUGGACGGCUGUGUAUACGCAAUGGGAGGAUUUGAUGGCACUGAAUGCCUUAACACAGUCGAGCGGUAUGAUCCUAAGAACAAUCAGUGGACAAUGAUAGCACCGAUGCAUGAAUGCCGGAGCGAGGCAAGCGCUACAGUACUAAAUGGCAAACUGUUCAUAUGUGGAGGGUUUGACGGGAAUGAGUGGUUGUGCACGGCGGAGAAUUACAAUCCUCAGACUGGCCAGUGGACUCUACUCCCCCGCAUGAGCAGCAGAAGGGGAGGACUUGGUGUGAUCGCGUAUGGCGGACAGGUUUAUGCCGUCGGGGGAUGCAAUGGUGUGGUACUGAAAAGUGUAGAGGCAUAUAAUCCUCAGACUGAUUCAUGGGGAAAUGUUCCUGACAUGAUCAACCGGCGCAGCAACUUUGGCAUUGCGGUGCUAGAUGAUCUCUUGUUCGUUGUUGGAGGAUACAACGGUCUUACAGUCGCCAAUAAUGUGGAGUAUUAUGAUGGGGAAACUGCAGAAUGGCACAGAGUGGAAGACAUGGGUGAGUUCCGCUGCGGUCUGGGGUGCUCUGUGCUGUCUGGUUUACCCAACAUGUCUGCGUACGCCGCACCUUAA